AUGAAUAGCCAAAGUAUUGAAGUAAGUGAUAGGGGCGAUAAUAUACAAUUUCAAGAUUUUUAUCAAAAUACUGAUUUAACUAUGGAUGAGUUUCAUGAUAAAUUAUUACAAGAUAAUAAUUUAAAUAAUGAUAAUGACUUACAAGAUUUAAGUGACAAUGAUAACUCGCUAGAUGAUAACAAUUAUGAUAACUUAGAGGAUUAUGAAAAUUCAAGUGAUGGUAGCUUAAAGGAUUAUGAAAAUUCAAGUGAUGGUAGCUUAGAGGAUUAUGAAAAUUCAAGCAAUGGUAGCUUAGAGGAUUAUGAAAAUUCAAGCAAUGGUAGCUUGCAAGAUGAUUAUUAUAUGCAAGAAUUAGAUCAAGAAUAUAAUAAUUAUGAUGCACAAGAAACAUCAUUUACGGACGACUUAAAUAAUAGAGGUACUGACUGUAUAGAUGGCAAUACCAAGAAUCAUUUUAUUUUAAAAGCACAUGUUUUGUCAUGGUCGGGUGAUACACCUGGCCUGACAAAACUAAUGUGUUUUACUGGCCAUAAUUCAUAUAAGGGAUGUCGCUAUUGUAAUAUUAAAGGAAUCUGUGUAAAACAUGUAUACUUUUCUACCAUUCCUCCGAUAGGAUCCAAUAAUUUAAUGAGCUACGAUGCAAAUAAUUUACCCUUAAGAUCACAUGAAGAAUAUGAAAAAAUUAUACGAAAUUUAAAUUGUAUAAUAACACAACAAGCAAUUGAAUCUUUACAACGAAAUUAUGGAAUAAAAAAUCAAAGUAUAUUAUAUGAUCUACCUUCAAUCAAAUUUCCAUCUUCUUUUGCAUUAGAUAUAAUGCACCUAAUGUUUGAAAAUGUUGCAAAAUAUAUGGUUAAGCAUUGGUUUGGUGUAUUUUUCAAAAAUGUUGGCGAAAAUAGUAAUAAACCAUAUAUACUUAAUAAAACUAUAUGGACCGAAAUUGGAAAUCUAAUGCAUACAGCUCGUAAAAUGAUUCCAUCUUAUCUUGGACGCCCACCUCGUAAUAUUACUCUUUAUUAUAAUAGUUAUAAGGCAGAAGAAUGGAUGGCCUGGAUUAUUAUGUAUUCCUUACCUUUGUUAAAAGAUAAGCUUUCAAUAAAAUAUUAUGAAGGUUGGGCUUUAUUUGUUAAAGCAGUUAGAUUAUGUAAAAAAUUAUGUUUAUUUGAAGAAGAUAUAUCAGAAAUUAAAAUUUUAUUAUUAAAUUUUUAUAAGCAUUACGAAAAAGAAUAUUAUGGCGGUAUUAAAGAAAAUAUCAGUGCAAUGAAACUUUGUUUUCAUUACUUAUUACAUGUAACUGAUAGUAUUAGAAAUACAGGUCCUUGUUGGGCCACUUGGCAGUUUCCCAUGGAGCGUAUAUGCGGAAUGUUAAUUCCAUUGGCAAAAUCACGUUUACAUCCCUAUAAAAAUAUUAUUAAUAACGUAUAUCUUAUGGAAUUAUUUAACCAUCUCCCUUAUCAUGAAAUUUAUCAACAUGUUUUUUUAUCAAAAUCAUCUCCAAAGCAAUAUGCUCAGCAUUUAAUAUAUACUGAUGAAUAUUAUUUUGAAGAAUUUUAUUUUCCUACUAAAAAACAUAUUCUUUCACAAAUUCAACUUAAAAAAAUAAAAGAAAAUUUAUCAACAUCAUAUAAUAAUAUAACUGAUUUAAAUUUAAAUAGUUUACCAAAAGAAGGUAUAAUGUAUGGACGGAUGUUAACCAAAAAUAAAUAUUUUAUUGGAUCAAAAUGGAUUAAUAAGAAUAAUGAUUGGGCAAGAAUUAAUCAUACUGUAAAAGUACAAAUUGAAGUUGAUAAAUGGGCGAAUUUCAAAUAUCGUGAAUCUGAAUUUGUAACAAAAACUUUUUAUGGAAUUAUUGAAUUCUUUUUUUUAUAUGAAUUUAAUGAUCAAAAAUAA